GGCGUCGGGGUUGUGAUGGGCAGGGUCACGUAGGAGAUCUUUGGGCCUCCUACCCGCAAGACCUGCACACAGGCAUGCCUGUACUUGUGUCUGCGUGCUGCACACAUUUCAGUUUCUCUCCGUCCCUCACAACACUCGUCCCGCGAGGAUUCAGCCUGUCCCCAGAGGGGCUGAGCAUCCUUGAGGUUUCCCACCCUUAAAGGUUCCGUACCCGGAUGGAGCCAGAGAAAUGUGGUGGGGGGGCAGGGGCCAGAGUUUCAACAUUGCCCCCCACAAGGAGGAGCCCGAGAUGGGGCUCCGCGGACCCAAGUCUGACCAGGGUGGCAGGAUGCCGGAGCCCAGGAGUCGUCGGCUUGGCGGUUGCCUGGCUUCUGGAUGCCUCCCAGGGGAGCAGAUCCUAGCAUGGGCUCCAGGGCUGAGGAAGGGGCUGGAACCUGAAUUGCCUGGCACCUUGAUCUGCACCAACUUUAGGGUCACCUUCCAGCCCCAUGGAUGGCAGCGGAGUCAGGACACUCCCCUGAGCAGUGACUAUGAUUUUGCCCUGGUCAACAUCGGGCGGUUAGAGGCUGUGAGUGGCUUGUCCCGAGUCCAGCUCCUGCGUCCGGGGUCCCAGCUGAAGUUUGUCCCGGAGGAGCUUCUGAUUCACGGCCGAGACUUCCGGCUGCUCAGAGUUGGUUUUGAGGCUGGAGGACUAGAGCCUCAAGCCUGGCAGGUGACCAUGGCCAUUGUCCAAGCCAGAGCUCAGAGCAGUCAAGCGCAGCAGUGUUUGGGGCUGCCACUGACCAAGGCUGGCCAGGGUUCUGACUCGAGAAAGCCACCUAUUCCUCUCUUGGAGACAUCGGAAGACUGGGAGUUUGAGCGGAAGAAGCAGGGGGCCAGAGGCUGGAGGGUGAGCACAGUCAAUGAGAGGUUCGACGUAGCUACCAGCCUCCCCCGUUACUUCUUGGUUCCUAGCCGAGUUCUGGACAGUGAGGUCAGGAGAGCAUUUGGCCACUUCCAUCAGGGCCGUGGACCGCGCCUGUCCUGGCACCACCCUGGGGGCAGUGACCUUCUCCGCUGUGGAGGCUUCUACACAGCCAGUGACCCUAACAAGGAAGAUAUCAGAGCAGUGGAGUCGAUGCUACAGGCUGGGCAUUCUGACGUCGUCCUGGUAGACGUCGUGGAUGAGCUGCCUGGUCUCGCUGAUGUCCAGCUCGCCCACUUGAGGCUGAGGGCCCUCUGCGUGCCUGAUUCAUCUGUAGCUGAGGACAAAUGGCUGUCAGCUCUGGAGGGAACACGAUGGUUGGACUAUGUCAGGUCUUGUCUUCGCAAGGCCAGCGACAUCUCAGUCUUAGUGACAUCCAGGGUUCGUUCUGUAGUUCUUCAAGAGCGCGGUGAUCGUGAUCUCAAUGGCCUCCUCUCUUCACUCGUCCAGCUGCUCUCAGCCCCUGAAGCCCGAACACUGUGUGGCUUCCAAUCACUAGUGCAGCGAGAGUGGGUGGCCGCUGGACACCCUUUCCUGACCCGGCUUGGGGGAACAGGGGCCAGUGAGGAGGCGCCGGUGUUCCUCCUGUUCCUAGACUGUGUCUGGCAGCUCCUCCAGCAGUUUCCAGCUGAGUUUGAAUUCUCUGAGUUUUUCCUUCUUGCUCUUCAUGACAGUGUCAGGGUUCCUGACACCCUUACUUUUCUGAGGAAUACUCCCUGGGAGCGUGGAAAGCAGAGCGGACAGUUCAGUUCCUACACACAAGUCUAUACCCCAGGGUACUCCCACCCCCCAGCUGGGAAUUCCAUUAACCUGCAGCUGUCUGUCUGGGACUGGGAUUUACGCUACAGUAAUGAACAGAUACUACAAUUCCAUAAUCCUGGCUAUAACCCAGAACACGGCCCAGAUGCCUGGCUUCCGAGACAGCAGCCAAGCUUCCUGGUUCCUGGCCCUCCCAGUUCUGUGUGGCUGUUCUCUAAAGGGGCCCUGACCCCUCUACACCAGCUCUGUCCGUGGCGGGAGAGUCCCUCUCUGCUGGCGGUCUCUUCUCGUUGGCUACCCCGGAUGGCUGUCUCCUCUGAAAGCCUGGCUGACCAAGAGUGGGGGCUCCCUUCACACUGGGGAGCUUGCCCUUUACCUCCAGGGCUGCUGCUGCCUGGGUAUCUGGGACCUCAGAUCAGGCUCUGGAGACGCUGCUACCUGAGGGGACGGCCCGAGGUCCAGAUGGGCCUCUCAGCUCUCACAGUCUCUGGCCUCCAGGAUGAACUAUCCCAUCUUCAGGAACUAUUAAGGAAGUGGACACCAAGAGCGUUUCCUGGUGAUCACUCCAAGAAAAGAGAUCCAAGUACCAUUCUCUCUAUUCCUGCUGAAAUUGCUGGCAUUCUCAAAGAGCAGCGGGGGAUCUGGGUUGAGGGAGAGUCCUAAUACUGCAGUGUUUUGUAUAUGGCCUUGUUGCCUCAGCUUUCACACUCCAGCUCUUAAGCAAACUCACUUAGAAUUGAGUUUGUUGUGGACGGUGGUGCUAAUCUUUAAUUCUUGUCCUUUUAUUUGGUUCCUGAAGCUGUUGUUUCCUGGGAGUUGAAGAAUUAAGAAACAAAACAAUCCACAAUGUAAUUGCUUUAUAGAUAGCCAGCUAUUUAAGUUGUGACACCAGAGACGCUGUUCACCAGUUCCAACAGUAUGGCCUAAAGACCUCAUUCUCGCCCCUUCUUGCUGCCUAUUUAAUUCCAAUUUCUGUUUCUUCCUGUAUAGUUUCUUUUGGAAACAAAGUGGAUAUGAAACACACCCUCUCUUCCAACUGUACAUUUUUGUAGUGGCAUUUCUAUUUAAGUUCAUUAAAGCACAAUAUUUAUACACA